AUGAUUUUAAUAAAUAUAUUUUUAGUGACCGAUGUUCUAUCAUCAUUAUUUAAUGAUAAUCAAAUAGCCGAAAUCCCCAUGAGUGAAUGUAAAAUAUGUUUCAAAGUACUAUCAGUCGAGCCUUUAUUGUGUUGUUCUUCAUCAAUAUGUUCAAAAUGUGUUUAUCAUUACUUCACAACAAACAUAAACGAAACUCGUAUUCGUAUAACAUGUCCAUCAUGUCCACAUAUAUUUACUCGUAAAGAAAUUUUAUCACUAUUAUCUAAUUAUGAUCAUAAUGGAAAUAUAAGUGAACGUUAUAAACGUUUUUAUGCUGAUAUAAAUCGUGAAGCACAUAUAAAAACAUGUCCUCGGUGUUGUUCAAUUAAACAAAUUGAUAAACGUUUAUUUGAAGGAAUUCGAUGGAAAAAAAACGAUUCCACGAAAAGUUCUUUGUAG